UUUCAGAGUGAAAAAGAAUUCCGGAUACGAUAUUUCUUCUGAUAUUAUGUCAUUAACACUUAAUGAACCUUUAUUUGGAGGAACAUUAGACCCUUCAAUUCAUUUAAAGAUCUUAAAACAGGAUUCUCAAAAUUCCUUCAGCAAAUGUGUAUUUUGGGAUUUUAAACGCAAUAACGGAACUGGUGAGUGGUCAACACGAGGAUGUAAAUUACUAUCUACAGAUCUUUAUCUUCACUGUGAAUGCAAUCAUCUGACAAAUUUUGCGGUACUGGUGCGACCAUAUUCAAGGAUACAAGACGAAGAGGAUGCAUUGAAUUGGAUUUCCAUAAUUGGUUGCUCAAUAUCGGUCUUUCUUUCUUUGCUGACGGCCAUUAUUUACAUCUUCUUCUGGAAAUCCAUUACGGUCAACGUCAACCGAAUAGUAAAUAAGAUCACGGUGCUUCUCUGCUUUAGUCUAUCCAUGGCUUAUACGUUAUUUCUAGUCGGAGUUGAUAAAAUACAGAAUGAAGUCGGAUGCACUAUCAUAACAGCACUGUUACAUUAUCUUUUCCUAUUUAUUUUCUUUCUAAUGCUGGCCCUUGGGUGGCACUAUUUCAGCAGUAUCUCUCUGGUCAAAUUAUCACUGUCUAAAGCAACAGCACUUCAAAGCCAUGCCAAUGCUGUCGGUAAAGUCACGUGGGUAGUUGUCACGGUUAUUCCAGUGUGCAUAACUGCAGGAACAUUCGGAAUUGUAUAUUCCUGGGACAAGGACUAUCAUUCAAAAACCAGUUGCUGGUUAUCAUUUGAAAGUGGAGCCUUGUAUGGAUUUAUUGGACCCGUAGCUGGUAUUAUUUUGGUCAAUAUCAUAAUUGUGUUCAGUCUCGUUGUGACUCUAUGUUCGACAAUUUCCUCAGAAGGAGAAGUGAAAAAAAGGACCAUAGCCGGAAUAAAGUCCAUCUGUACCUUGUUACCUGUUCUGGGUGUGACGUGGUUGUUUGGCCUCUUGUCUAUUAAUGAAGAUGUGGUCGUCUUUCAGUAUAUCUUCUCCCUGUUGAACUCCUUUCAGGGACUUUUUAUUUUCAUCUCGAAAUGUCUCCUGAACAAAAAGAUCAGAGAGUUGCUAAGAGAACGCAUACACAUAGAAGGUUCAGAAAGCUGGAGAAGCAGGUUUUAUUCACUAUUGAGCAGCAAUACGGUGUCUACGAAUACGAAGGAGUUUUCAUCAGCGUCUAGAAUUCAAACUGAUGGAGAAGAAUUAUCUAUUAAACAAAAAGAAGGGGAGCUCAUCCAGGGAAUUUCGUACACAAGGAGAGAAAGUAUCAAUACAGCUUUUUGAAGUUCAUGACGAAGAAUCAAGACUUAUUCUUAGAACUUC